GUGAUUGAAGCGAUGAGGGUUUUUUGUGCUUAAUAUAAUUGUAUGUAUGAAAGCUUUUUAAAAGUGUACUACAAUCCUCCGUCUAUUAUAAUUAAGAGUUAUUAAUUUUGGGAGUUAAAUAAGCUUUAUUAUGUCACAUAAUCGUAAUAAAUAUGAAAGAGCACGAAGAAGACUCGCCGCAGUUACAUUUUUAUCAAAUAUAUCCUUGGACGGAUCUUUUAAAGACACGGAACUGUGCCAAGUUUAUGAUAAGAAAUCGUCGAAAUUCGACAAAUGUGACUGUAUAUCAAAAUCAAAUGAUUUUCAAAUCAAUCACAAAGACAUUAUAUAUAAUAGCGCCAACUGCAAUGCGGUACAAUGCAGACUGAGAGCACAACAAACUAGCCCGGUCCAAAAAAGUUGUGAUAAUCAUUCUCAUAGUUCUGAUUCCGAACAAGCUAAUGUAACCCCUAUAAAAGGUGUUGGUAAUACUUACAGGGAAGGUGGCUCAACUACUAAUAAUGAGACAUUUAGAGAAAGGCACCCAUCUAUAAGGGGUAGGAAAAUUACUCCAAUAACCCAAGAUGACAAAAGCAGUAGCGAAAGUCUUACUUUUGGUCGUUUCCGUACAAGUAGUACUUGCAUUCCAGAGAAUCCUCAAUUUAAAAAUCAAUUGAGGUUCAUAAGAGCAACAAAGGGUGUUACAUUCAAAGAUGAGAGACUUGCGUUAGCUCCAGCUCAAGGAGCACCCUGUGUGCUGUUUAGUACAAUACCAUACUCCAAAACUAUAAAGGGAGUCCGAGCUGAUUUGAGAAAAGAUGGAGUGCGGCGACGUAACACAUCUGGGCCGAGACCGCUAUCUGCAAUUACCGACAAUGGUAUGGAUCCCUUUGACCUACUGGGCUUGGAACGGGAGGAAAAUGGUCAAGAUAUAUCAUACUCAAAGUUAUUGAUACCAUCCAGAAUAUGCACAAGGGAACAGUAUAAGAAAAUGUACGAAGGUGAUUUCUCUGAUAAAACAACCUGGAAAAUUAUUAAUCGCCAGCCUCAUGUGAUAGCAAGGACUAAGUUAUUGACCAGACGCAAGGAUAAAAAAUGGUGUUUCUCAUAUGAAUCGUCACAACGAGUAGCAACAGUCGCCUCGUCUCCUCCUCACUCCUCGGUGGAAAAUAAGACCUUCGAUUGGGACGAAACUUCACUGUUAUCACAGAAAUAUGUGCAUUAUUGUCCAAAUGUUCUGGACGAUCCUGAGCUGAUAGCUGGUAAGCAUCGGACGCUCCUCACCUUCACAUCUUACAUGACCUCCAUCAUAGACUACGUGCGACCACAGGACCUCAAGAAGGAACUCAACGACAAGUUUCGAGAAAAGUUCCCGCACGUUAAACUAACUCUGAGUAAACUUAGAAGCAUUAAAAAAGAAAUGAGAAAAAUAGCAAAACAUGAGAACGGUGGUAUAGACCUGCUGUCAGUGGCUCAAGCUUAUGUUUAUUUUGAGAAGUUGAUUCUUGGGAAUCUGAUCAACAAGGACAAUAGGAAGCUCUGCGCUGGCGCUUGUCUCAUGCUAUCUGCAAAGUUGAAUGAUGUCAAAGGUGAAAUGUUGAAAGCCCUCAUUGAGCGCAUCGAGACUACAUUCAGAGUGAACAGGAAGGAUCUGAUGCGUUUCGAGUUCGCUGUGCUAGUGGCGCUGGAGUUCGGACUGCACGUGCCGCCGCACGAGGUGUUCCCCCACUACCAGAGGCUGAUGCACGACUCGUGACGAGCGCACGACCAGCCGCGACGGACCAGCGUAGUAGACAACCUGCGCUCCACAGCCUGGAUGUAACAGGCUGUACGUCGCCAUAUAAACAUUAAAAAAAAUUGUCGAGUGAGGGUUUAUAAUAUGACAGUUUAGCUUGAAUGUAACAGGGUGUACGUCGCCUUAUAUACAUAAAAAAAAAUUGUAAAGUGAAGGUUUGUAACAUGACAGUUUAUAUUGGCUGUAUGGCCGAAACUUUUGCCGGUUAGUGUCGAAAGAGAAAUAAUUUAAAAAAAGUUUAUAGUAAUAUAAAUAUGACAGUUGUAAGCUUGAACUUAAACAGUUUAAUGAAGUUCAAACUGUUAGAGUGAAUGAGAUAAGUAAUUAUUAUUAUUCGCUAUAAAUAGUUGUUUCAGAACAUUAUAUUAAACUUCAAAGGAAUACAAUAUUCGUUUUGGUUCUAUUUAAAAGGUUGCGUUUUUAAUUCAAAAAACUGAUUUACUAUUUUAUUAUCAAUGUCUGUUGGUGGAAGAAAUACAUACAUCACCCAAGUUAGACAGUUUCAUAGUUAAUCUUUCAUUUAAGUGUCAGUACUUGUAUAAUGUAUAAUGUACAUAUUAUAUAGGAUAAAUAUAUUAGAUUUAAAUUAUUUCAAAGAUCCAAGUCGAGAGACUAUGUACAUAACGUAACUGAGUUUUCGCUCUUCAGCUACGGUUCUCGGGUGUAGGCGUUUUGUGUUAUACUAGAGAUGAAUAAACACCAGACAGAUCUUGAGAUAUGUGACAUCAUAUUGUUUUUUUUUAAAUAGUUUGAUUAGGAAAUAAUAAUUAUAUCAUGACAAAAAGUAUAGGUAAUAUAUUAUUUAAAUAAAAAAAACAUUAAUCAUCAAUCAUAUUGUUUUCAUACCAAUAACACUUGCAGUUACUUAUUACUUAUACUCUUAGGGUUUUUCAAUUUGGGACAAGAACUCGCUUAUAGGAUUUGUUUAUAGUAUUUUGUCUACUCUCGUUACAUGGCCAUCAAAUUAAAAAAAAAACCUGAACAUUUCACCUUUUAAUAAUUUUAUUGGUAUAAUUGUAAAAGUAUCGACUGGACACAAAAUGCAGCUCGUAUCAAGAAACAUCCGAUUAACCAAGCUAUUAACGGGUUUUAAUUUUUGUAUCUUUCAUAGUUUUAUUACAGAGCUUGGUUUUAAAAUGUUCACGAUCAAUAUAUUUUGGUAAUAAUUUAGCUAACUGUCCAAUCAUGACAAUGUAGUUUCUUAAUCUUUUCUUGUGUUUUUUUUUGUAUUCUUAACAUAGUAGUAAUAACAAAGCAAAAGAUACAUUAUAUUUUAUUAAUGUGACGAAGUGAAACGGCAGGAUUGUAUUUUUUAAGGUAUGCGGUAAGUUUGAUUAUAUACUCUAUUGUGAAUGGGUUAAGAGUCAAUCUAAUUAGACAAAUAAUGUCAUUAAAGACUAUACAAAUGACAAUUGCCAUUAAUUUAAUUACCUUUUUUCUUCCAGAGGGUGAAAAAAAGGUUUUAAAGUCAAUUACAACACUGUAGAUAGUAUUACAUGAAUGAAAGUGAUUUAGAGUGAUAUGUAGAUAUAAAAGAUGAAUAUAAAAGUCUUAUAAGGAAUUAUUAAAAACUGUAAAACAGGAUGAAAAUACAGAAAAAAUAUUGCAUCGAUUUAGUUUGAUAAUAUUUAUAUCUGUUGCAAUAUAUUGUAAUACCUACCCUCCGUUUACAUUUUGUCCUGUUCUUAAAUUAUCAGUUUGCUAAGGUAUUUAAUAUUAUUAUUCGUUUUAUUUUAUUAAUAUGAUAAUAGUAACGAUGAUAUAAUUUGUAUAAAUAUUAUGUAUUGUAAUUGCGAAGGUAACUAUUUUUGUACUGUAUUGUAUUAGUAACUUCUUGUAUUGUACUAUAUUGUAUUAGUAACUUGUAUUGUUGCUUCGUUGUGUAUUGUAAUACUGUAGCUAUACUGUAGUUACUAUAUUAAGCCUGAUGCAUUGUUUUCACAUAAUUCUCAUUUUUCUCACCUAGUUCAUAUGUUUUAUGUUUAAUGUUUAGAAGCUAUUCAAUUUACGAUUUAUACUUGAAUGGAAAUAGAUGUUUUUUUGCACCAAAGUCGAAAUACAGUAAUAUAUAUAUAUAUUAAAACAUCAUGGAUUUUAAAACUUAUGUCUGGUUUUCCUAUAAGAGGCUUUCGUUGUAAAAUUAGAAUAUUUUAAGUGUUGUCAUUAAUAAAUUGCAAAUUUUGCUCAUAUCUCUCACAUGCUCAGUUUAGAGAUGUUUCAGCCUAAUAACUUAUAAGGCAUUUUUGGAUUCAUGAAUCGUAAUUUAAAAAAAAGAUAAUGUAGUUACAACCCUAGUUAGUAUUAAUUUCUAAGGUGACGCAAUAGAAAUUAGUCGAAUUUGCUCAUUCAUAUUUCGAUGCCAAAGAUGACUUGCAUGUGUAAGUCUCAAGCGACCCCCGUCUACGAAUUCUUUAGGCCUUCUUAUUACAGACAAGUUACGCUUUUAGAUAGUGAGAAUAUUGGUUAAGUAAUUUAUUAAAUUAAUUAAGAAUGUUAGUUCUCCCAUAAGUUUAUGCUAGUCGUUGUACCGGGAGGUAUAUUUUAUUGAAUUACAUAUAAAGGGUUCAAUAUAGUGAGGCUGAAAAAACGAGAUCUUUGAACAAAAAAAUUACUUCUGCAUUUUCGUAAUACGUUCUAAAAUAUUAUGUGGUUUAUUUAUGGGAAAUAUAUAUCUCAGAUAUGUUUGCAGUGAGCCUCUAAGAUUUGUUUACACUAUUUAUCUCGUUUUGUUGGCCUCACUUGAUUGUUACGUGAGUCAUAAGGUCUCUCUUCCACGGAGAUACAAAAGAUUGCACAUUCAUGAUAUCAAACUUAGUGCGUACAUCAGAAUGUAUAAAUAUUUAUUACAAAGUAAAAAACUGGUGAACUAAUUGUUUCAUACAAUUAAGAUCAUUAAUAUGUCUUAAAGAUGUAGGAAUUAGGAUGAAAUUAUCUUUCUUUAUGUAAAUUUAUCGAAUUUAGUAUUAAUAUUUAUUUUGUACGUUUAAGUCGAUAAUUAUAUUAGUUUGUAAUUUUAAUCAAAUUAUUUACUAUCGAAUAUCUCUGCGGAAGGGAAGUCUUAAUUUUAUAGUUGAGGUCGUGUGCCUAAAAUUAAAGUAUACUUUUUUUUUAAAACCUUGAUUGUUAACAGUAUUUUAUUUUUUAUUUACUUUCUACGUUUAUAUAAGAAUUUAACUGGACGUUUUAUUAUCUCUAUAAAAUACUUUUUUUUAAUCUUAGCUUAUAAUCUAUGUUGUUUCUUGGUAAUAGUAAAGUGCUUAUUUCGGCGACGUAAAAAAUUUUUAUUAAAAAAAUAAAAACCUUUAUCGAAACGAGCGGAACAAUGUAUGGUACUGUUUUAAUAUGAAACGUUAUUGUUUAUGAAGUCUAAAAUGUUGGAUUAAAUAAUUUUAUUAA